AUGGAGUCGACCUCUGCGCCACCGCAGCACCCAUAUGGCGCCCACGAAGCCAAUAAUAGCAUGAGCAGUGUGUCGAGUGCCUCCAGAUAUGACUCGCAAGAGCAAAGCGAUGGUCUGAAACCCAGAGGUACUGGAUCAGCUUCUGCUGGGCCAUCGCCUAAUGUCGCUCAGGGACGGUCAAACCCCGUAGGCGGGCCUUCCAAUGGUCCUUCAACACAUCUAUCUGGCCUCAUGUGCAAUGUUCACCGAACGACUGGCCGUGAGCCCCAUGCCCUAGUCGGAGCUACAACUACCAUUCUGGGCGACAAGCUCUAUGUGUUUGGAGGCCGGAUCUUGUCUAGAAGUCGACCUGCUCCUCUGACAUCGGAUAUGUACGAGUUGGAUCUCAUUCGUCGACACUGGACCAAGCUGGAAACAACAGGCGACGUUCCACCACCUCGAUACUUUCACUCCAUGUGCGCUUUGGGUGACACCAAGAUGGUUUGUUACGGUGGCAUGUCACCCGCCCCUAAUCAACCUCCUGGUGGCGACCAACAGCAACCCGAAAUCACUGUCAUGUCUGAUAUCUAUAUCUACGACGUCAAUACCAGAGCCUGGACCUUUAUUCCGACACAAGACCCUCCUCAGGGCCGUUACGCCCAUUGCGCCUGUAUCCUCCCUUCAUCCGCCACCUUUUCUUCGCACCGCGCUCCUCUUUCUGCUCUGCAACAUAAUCCUUCGACUAGCAACCCUAACGAGGGCCGAAUCGGCAUUAAUAUUGAUGGUUCAGGUGGUGCAGAAAUGGUCAUUGUUGGUGGACAGGAUGGCAGGAACAACUACAUUGAGCAGAUCAGUGUCUUCAACUUGCGAAGCCUGAAAUGGACCUCCACACAGCCUUUGGACAGAAGCUGGGGUGCGUAUAGGAGUGUGACCGCCCCUCUUCCACCUUCAGUGGCUUCCAAGCUUGGCCGACGACAAUCGAACGGCAUACAUCGCCAUGAUGGAGGUAUCAGUCAAGAAGCUCGGGAACCAGGCGCUUCGAUGUUGAUUUACUGCAAUUACAACUUCUUGGACGUCAAGCUCGAGCUACAAAUCCGGGCACCAGACGGUACGCUCACGGAGAGACCGAUGUCGGGCAACUAUUCACCCCCAGGAUUGCGAUUCCCGAACGGCGGAGUUAUCGAUACCCAUUUCGUCGUCAGCGGCACGUACCUUACCUCGUCUCGACAAGAGUAUGCGCUCUGGGCUCUGGAUCUGCGCACCUUGACAUGGAGCCGUAUCGACGCCGGAGGAAGCGUGUUCAGCCAGGGCAGUUGGAAUCGUGGAGUUUUAUGGAACCGCCGAAACACAUUUGUGAUCUUGGGCAACAGGAAAAGGAGCCUCGUCGAUGACUAUAAUCAUCGACGUAUCAACUUUUCCAACGUGUGUAUGGUCGAGUUGGAAGCAUUCGGCUUUUACGACAAUCCCCGCAAGACAAGUCCGCUUUCAGGUUUCAUCUCAGCCAGCAGCCCUUAUGCUGGGCCUGGUCUGAGUUUGGCGCGCAAAGCUGGAUACACAGCGGGUGGACGAUAUCACUCAAGGGCGAGCGAGGAGCUUGGUGAGAAGUCAUUCGCCAUGCGCGAGCUUGCCGAUAUGGAUAUUCUAUGCAUUGGUGGCGAGCGCAUUCCAGUCAACUCGAGAAUUGUCGGACGGCGAUGGGGACCUUACUUUGUGCAGCUUCUUCGCGAAGGAACGGCGACACAGGAUGGAAGCGAUGCCAUUACCCUUAGAUCUGGUCUAUCUAGCAACCCUCUACGCGCGUCGGCUAUUACAAUCACACCAAACUCGAGGGUGGCAGAUAGCUCAUCUUCUAUGGUCAGCACUGUUGGCUCAUCACUGAGCUCUUCUGGUGCCCCUUCAAGCACCGCAGCAUCAAGCAUUACCACAGGCGCCAUGGGCCAUGAGGCCAAUCCGACGAACAUCAACGCGGCGCCUACACCUCACUCACUACCACCAAACUCACGACCGAGAUGUCUUUACCUCCCACACACAUACCUUACGAUCCAGGCGCUGCUUCAUUUCCUCUACACCAGCUCUCUACCCCCUCCGACAUCUCCUCUUUGCACCCCACAGAUUCUUUGCUCGCUACUCCAGAUCGCCCGGCCAUACCGCAUAGAUGGACUCUUGGAGGCUGUAGUUGAGCGACUUCACGCCUUGCUCGACAGUCGCAACGCUGCGGCUGUUUUCAACGCUACAGCCAUGGCAGCUGGCGGUGGCCGAGGCAUUGAUGGAUCUCUCAACCCUAAUUUCUUUGUUGGAAAUUUAGAUCCUGUUGGCUCGCCUACUGCCACCUCUGACUUUUCUCUGGGACACACGCCUGGUGACAGCUUCUCAUCAGAUAUACAGACUCGAACUGAGGGUCUCACUCUCAACACCAAUGUGCAACAAUUGAGUCGACCCUCCAGCGAUGAGCUGUCUGCUACAACAAGUCAGAGCGGAUCAGAAUGGAGUUCAUCAGAGAUCGGUGGUAGUGAACGCGACAACUUUGUAUGGAACGGUGAACUAAGCAGUGUAAUUGGCCUACAGAAGCGAGGUCUUCGAGGCUUGAUGGAGGGCAGGAGGAUGAGGGAACGAACAGGCACAGCAGCUGGUGGAAACGGCAUGGGACCAAGCUACACAGGUGGACAGGGCCAACAGCGUGUUGGUCUAGGAAUAGCAGGAUCAUAA